GCGUCGGAUCGUGGAUGCUCAGCGGGAGGGGGGAGCGGAAGUGUCUCGUGUCGGCUGUACAACCCCGCUAGGCCCAGUAUGUCCCCAGUACAGCCCAGUACGAUGUCCCACCACAGGGGUAUCCCGUGCCCCCCAUCUCCAGCCCCCUCCAUCGUAGCCAAGGGGGGGGCCAAGCGGCUGCACUGAGUCAUCCCUGGCCUCGCUGCCUCCAUCCGGGCCUCUUCCAUCCUGCGCCAGCACACGCCAUGGCCCCGACCCUGCUGCUGCUGGGUGAGCACCCGGUGCUGCGCUGCACACGCUGCAUGGCACUGUAAAGGCACUGCAUAGCACUGCAUGGAGAUGGCAUGGCUAUGGCGUGGGUAUAUCCUGGGCACGGUGUGGGAACUGCAAGGGGAGCUGAGUGCUGUGCUGUGCAUUGCAUGGGCAUUGCUCUCAGCACUGCAUGGGCACUGCACAGACACUGUGCUGGGCACUGCAUGGGCACUGCAUGAGAAUUGCUCUCAGCGCUGCAUGGGCACCGCAUGGGCACUGUGCUGGACAAUAUUUGAGCACUGCAUGGGCACUGCACUAGACAUCAUAUGGGUGCUGCACUGUGCAUUGCAUGGGCACUGUUCUGAGCACUGCUUUGGGCAGCGUGUUUGGCACGGCAUGGGCACUGCAUUAGACAUUGUAUGGGCAUUCCAUCAGCUCCGCAUGGGCAAUUCUCUGAGUACUGUGUGGGCACUGCACUGAGCAUUGCAUGAGUACAGCAAUUGACACUGCAUAGGUGUGCACUGGGCAGAGCAUGGGCACUGCUCUGAGCACUACGUGGGCACUGCACUAUAUAUUUUUUGGGCACUGCACCAGGCACUGCAUGGGGCUGCCCACUACGGCGGACACCACGUGGACACUGCAGGCAAGCUGGACACUGCACUGGACACUGUACAGGCACUGCAUGGGGACUGAGCAUGGUGUGGGCAUUGUAAGGGACUGGGCACUGUGACAGGCACUGCAAAGGGGAGGACACUGCCCUGGGCACUGCGCUGAGGCUGUGCACUGCAGGAUUACUGCAAGGACACUGCACACAGCAGGGAAACUGCACUGCACUGGGCACUGCAGGGGCACUGCAAAGAUUCUGGGCACGUUAGGGGACUGAGCUCUGCAUGAAGCACUGCAUGGGGCACUGAGCACUGCACGGGGUAUUGUGGUAGUGCUGCAGUGGACACCAGGCAGUGCAGUGGGCACUGCAGCAGGGUGGGCACUGGGAAUUGCAGUGGGCACUGCAAGCUGUGCUGGGUGCUGGGCACUGGGCUGUGGGUACUGGGAAGGCUAUGGGUGCAUUGGGCAGGGCACUGGGUGUUCUGUGGUGUGCUGGGCACUGGGAAGGGAACCGAACACUGGGAAGGGAAAUGGGCACUGGGCAUGGGGCACUGCUUAUGGGGCACAUAGCACUGGUCUGUGAUUGCUGAAAACUGGAAAGGUACUGGGCAUUGGGCACUGGUCAUGAGGAACUGAGAAUGGAACUGGGAAUGGGGCACUGAUAAAUGGUUACUAGGAGCUAGUCAAGGGUCAGUUGGCAGUGGGAAUGGGACACUGGGAAUGGCACUGGGAAUGAUACUGGGAUUGGGACGCUGGAAAUGGCAUUGAGCAUGGAACUGGUCAUGGGGCACUGGGAAUGACACUGGGAUUGGUACACUGGGUAUGGCACUGGGCAUGAAACACUGGGAAUGGCACUGGGAAUGACGCUGGGAUUGGGACACUGGGAAGGGAAGUGGUCAUGGGGCACUGGGAAUGGGACACUGGUCAUGGAGCAGGGGUCACGAAGCACUGGGAAUGGAUCUGGUCUUGGGGAACUGGGAAUGGCACUGAAUUUGGGACACUGGGAAUGGCACUGGGAAUGGAAUUGGUCAUGGGACACUGGGAAUGGCACUGGGAAUGAAACUGGUCAUGGGGCACUGGGAAUGGAAUUGGUCAUGAGGGGUGUGGAAUGGCGUUGGGAAUGGAACUAGUCCUGGUCACUGGGAAUGGCUCUGGGAUGACAGUGGUCAUGGGUCACUGGGAAUGGGGCACUGGUUGCUGGUUGCUGGGCUCUGGGUGCUGCACCCUGGGUAGGACCCCUGGCUCCAAGCCCCUUGUGGCCCCAUGGCCCCAUCCUGGGGGUCUUGGAGGGGCUUGGCCAGGUGCAGCCUCCCCUCACUUCCUCUCUCGUCUCCAGUGGGGCUGCUCGCCUUCCCUGGCACAGUCCCAUUCCCGCUGCGCCUGGCUGGGGGCCCUGGGCGCUGUGCGGGGCGCGUGGAGCUGCUGCACGCCGGGAGCUGGGGCACAAUCUGCGAUGAUGACUGGGGACUGCCGGACGCGGCGGUGGUCUGCAGGCAGCUGGGCUGUGGGACUGCGCUGGCUGCCCCAUCAGGGGCCUGGUUCGGGGAAGGCUCCGGCCCCAUUUGGCUCAACCACGUGCGGUGCAGCGGCGAUGAGCAGCGCCUUGCCCAGUGCCGGCACCGGGGGUGGCACAACCAUGUCUGCGCCCACGAGGAGGAUGCCAGCGUUGUGUGCUCAGCUCAUCCCUUGCUGUCGCCUGGAACCACGGAGCCCACUGGCACUGCUGGCAGCACCCCAACGGACGGGUUGGUGCCAGCAGUGAUGUGGGUACCCUAUUCCUCAGCCCCAUACCCACUGCGUCUGGUUGGGGGCCCUGGGCGCUGCGCGGGACGUGUGGAGCUGCUGCACACUGGGCGUUGGGGCACGGUCUGUGAUGAUGGCUGGGGGCUGCCGGAUGCCACUGUGGUCUGCAGGCAGCUGGGCUGUGGAGAUGCGCUGGUUGCACCCGGUGGGGCGUUUUUUGGUGAGGGCACUGGCCCCAUCUGGCUGGACAAUGUGCGGUGCUGGGGGAACGAGUCGGCAUUGCUGCAGUGUCCAGCUGCACCAUUGGGCAUCACCGACUGCCACCACCGGGAGGAUGCAUCUGUCAUUUGUGCAGAUGAGCUGACUGAGGUAGACCCCAUGCAGCCUGCUCCUGAACAGCUGCCCACCAGGUCAUUGCUGGUGCCCCCCUCUGCUCUGCCACGUGUGAGUGCCCGACCCCACAGCACCAGCUCCCCUCAGCCUACACCAAGCAGCUGGCCCACAGCAUGGACAUCAGAGACGGCCCCGUUCCUGCUGCGCCUGGCUGGGGGCCCUGGGCGCUGUGCAGGGCGCGUGGAGCUGCUGCAUGCCGGGAGCUGGGGCACAGUCUGUGAUGAUGGCUGGGGCCUGCUGGAUGCGGCUGUGGUCUGCAGGCAGCUGGGCUGUGGGGCUGCACACAAAGCCCUCCGCAGCGCCCACUUUGGUCCUGGCAUUGGCCCCAUAUGGCUGGAUGAGGUGAAGUGCAGUGGGACAGAGGCUGCACUGUGGCACUGCCCAGCUGAGCCUUGGGGCAAGCACAACUGUGACCACCGAGAGGAUGCUGCUGUCAUCUGCACAGGGCCAGAAGACUUGUCACCUGUGGGGACCUCCCCAUCUCCCCCAGAAUGGGAUCCAGCUAGCACCAUCCCUCGACGUCCUCUAGGACAGAUUCUGGCCAUAGUCAUUCCCACACGUCCCCAAAGACAGGAUCCAGCUAUCAGUGUCACUAGAACCACUGCACGAGCUGCAGGACAGGAUCCAGACACCAGUGUCCCCAGCACUACCUCACGAUCCUCAGGAGAGGAUCCUGCCACUGUCUUCAGCACCACCACACGAUCUGCAGUACAAGGUCGAGUCAGUGCCACCUCAACCAAAGCAGGGCGAGAUCCCAUCCGUAUCAUCAGGAUCACCCGACUCAAAGCAGAACAGGAUCCAGCUGGCAUUAUCCAGAGCACCAAGCCCAAGGCAGCUGGUGUCACCAGGCUGAAGGCAGGACGGGAGCCUGGUGGCCCCACCAGGUCCAAAGUUGGAUGGGAUCCAGCUGGCACCAACAGGUCCAAAGUGGGACGGGAUUCAGUUGGCAUCAACAGGACCAAAGUGGGACUGGAUCUGGUUGGCACCAACAGGUCAAAGGUGGGACGGGAGUCUGUUGGCAUCAACAAGACCAAAGUGAGAUUGGAUCCAGUUGGUACCAACAGGUCCAAGGCAGGACAGUCUUCUGUUGGCAUCAACAAGACCAAAGUGAGAUUGGAUCCAGCUGGCACCAACAGGUCCAAGGCAGGACAGUCUUCUGUUGGCAUCAACAAGACCAAAGUGAGAUUGGAUCCAGCUGGCACCAACAGGUCCAAGGCAGGACAGUCUUCUGUUGGCAUCAGCAAGACCAAAGUGAGAUUGGAUCCAGCUGGCACCAACAGAUCCAAGGCAGGACAGUCUUCUGUUGGCAUCAACAAGACCAAAGUGAAAUUGGAUCCAGCUGGCACCAACAGAUCCAAGGUAGGACAGUAUUCUGUUGGCAUCAACAAAGUCAAAGCAGGACAGCAUCUGGUGGGCAUCAACAAGACCAAAGCAGGACAGGAUCCAGCUGGCACCAAUAGGUCCAAGGCAGGAUGGGAUCCAGCUGGCACCGUUCGCAUCACCCGACCCAAAGUGGGAUGGGAUCCGCUUCGUACCAUGUGGAUUGCCCAUCCCAAAGCAGAGCGGAUUGUUGUGGGAGCCAAUCAGAGCACCAGGCAUUGGGUUUUGGUGGGGACCACAUCAGGAACCAAGCCUCAAGCAAGACAGGCUCCAGUUGGUUCCACCAGGAGCACUCAGGGGCUGGCAGGACGGGAUGCCGUUAGUGCUAUCAAUAUGGGCAAUAUGGGACAGGAGAUUGCUGGUGUCACACAGAGCACCAGAUCCAAUGCAGAGCAGGACUCAACCCUUACCAUGAGGCUCCAAGCAAGUGCUGCCAUAUGGAGUAACCACAGCCUGGGAGAACCAGGUCCAGGGGAUCCUGUUGGGAGUACACUUCCUGUAGUAUUAGCAGAUCCAGAAGGUACCAUGAAGAGUGCAGCUUCUACAGCAGAACCAAGUCUGGAAGGGACCUUGUGGGUUUCACAUCCCUCAGCAGAACUGGGUUCCGAAGGUCCCGUAAGGAGCACUCAACAUGCAGCAGAACUAGGUCCUGAAAGUACCAUGUGGAGCAUAUAUCCCACAGCAGAGCCAGCUCCAGAAGGUACCAUGAAAAGCGCAGAUCCUAUAACAGAACUGGGUCCAAAAGUUACUUUGAGCAUGCAUCCUCUAACAGAACUGGACCCAGAUGGUAACAUGGGGGGUGCACAUACUUCAGUAGAACCAGACCCUAGAGGUGCCACGAAUAGCACAGGUCCUACAGCAGGACUGGAUCCAGAUAAUAUCACAGGGAGCACAUAUCCCACAACAGAACUAGGUUCAGAUCAUAUCAUGGGGAGCACACAUACUGCAGCAGAACCAGGUCCAGAAGGUACCAUGAAGAGUACAGAUCCUACAGCAGGACUGGAUCCAGAUGAUGACAUGGGGAGCACAUAUCCCACAAAAGAACCGGGUCCAGAUCGUACCAUGGGGAGCACACAUACUGCAGCAGAACUAGGUCCAGAAGGUACCAUGAAGAGUACAGGUCCUACGGCAGGACUGAAUCCAGAUGAUAUAAUGGGGAGCACAUAUUUCACAACAGAACUAGGUCUAGAUCAUACCAUGGGGAGCACACAUACAGCAGCAGAACCAGGUCCAGAAAGUACCGUGAAGAGUACAGGUCCUAUGGCAGAAUCAGUUCUAGAAGGGACCACAGCAGAACUGGGUCCAGAUGUUACCAUGAGGAGCACAAGUCCUGCAACAGAACUGGGUCCAGAUGUUACCAUGAGGAGCACAAGUCCUGCAACAGAACUGGGUCCAGAUGUUACCAUGAGGAGCACAAGUCCUGCAGCAGACCUGGGUCCAGAUGUUACCAUGAGGAGUGCACAUCCUGCAGUGGAACUGGGUCCAGAUGUUACCAUGAGGAGCACAAGUCCUGCAGCAGAACUGGGUCCAGAUGUUGCCAUGAGGAGCACAAGUCCUGCAACAGAACUGGGUCCAGAUGUUACCAUGAGGAGCACAAGUCCUGCAGCAGACCUGGGUCCAGAUGUUACCAUGAGGAGUGCACAUCCUGCAGUGGAACUGGGUCCAGAUGUUACCAUGAGGAGCACAAGUCCUGCAGCAGAACUGGGUCCAGAUGUUACCAUGAGGAGUUCACAUCCUGCAGCAGAACUGGGUCCAGAUGUUACCAUGAGGAGCACAAGUCCUGCAGCAGACCUGGGUCCAGAUGUUACCAUGAGGAGCACACAUCCUGCUGCAGAACUGGAUCCAGAUGUUACCAUGAGGAGCACAAGUCCUGCAGCAGACCUGGGUCCAGAUGUUACUAUGAGGAGCACAAGUCCUGCAGCAGACCUGGGUCCAGAUGUUCCCGUGAGAAGUGCACAUCCUGCAGCAGAACUUGAUCCAGAAAGUACUUUGUGGACCACACAUCUUCCAGAAGAACAGGAUCCAGAUGGCAGUAUGCAAAGUGCACGUUCUUCAGCAGAAUUGAGCUUGGGUGUUAGCAUAUGGAGUGCAUAUCCCACAGCAGAUACUUCCACCUGGAGCACACAUCCUGCACCUGAAUCUGAACUAGAAGGUACCACAUGGGACACACAUUCUUCAGCCGAUUUUGAUCUAGAUGGUACCAUGAGGAACAAACAUCCUUCAGCAGAAGCAAAUCUCAAAGGCACAAUGGAGAGUAAACAUAUUGCAGCAGAAACCAGUCUAAGAGAUACCACGUGGAGGACUCAUCCCACAGAAGAACUAGGAUCAGAUGGAAUCAUGAGGAGAACACUUUCCACAGCAGAAUCAGGUGCUGGUCCAAUGGGAAUCUCUGCUCUGCCCACUAGAGUUUCAUCACCCUCUCCAUCUCUGGGCCCCACCCAGGGGUUGGCUGUAUCUCCUGUCCUUGCUGUUCAACUGAGUCCAGGCUCCGGCACCCGCUCACAGCACCACACAGGGGCCCCCAGUACGCAGAGACCCUCAGAACCUACCCAGUACCCUGAUAUCUCCAACACCCAGGGACCCCCAGCAUCCUUCCAACACCCUGCAGAGAGCCCCACUGCUUGGACAGAGCUUGUGCUCUCCCAGCAUCCCCCUGCAGAGCCCUCUGGCUUCUGGACACCCCCAGACCUCUUUAUCCAGACUCCAUCAAGUAACCCCAGCCCCCAGAGCCUCCCAGCACUCACCAUGCUCCCCCUAGAUCCCACCAGUCCUUACAUGAAUGCUGCUCAUUUCAAGCACCUCAUGGAUAUCCCCAGAUCCCAGACCCUCCCAGCACCCUCUGAGGACCCCGUAGAGACCCUCAAUACUCAGAAACCCUCAGUAUCUGCCCAGAACCCCACAGAGACCCUCAGCUCCAAGAGUCCCCCAGCACUCUCCCAGUAUCUAACAGAGAUCCUCAGCACACAGGUCCCCCCAGCACCCACCCACCACCCCAUGGAGACCUCUGAUAGCCAGCCCCCCGCAGCACCCACUGAACAAUCCAUGGAGAUCUUCAGCACCCAGAGGCCCCCAACAGUGCCCCAGCACUUCACAGAGUCCCUCAGCAUCCAGAGGCCCCCAUCAACCCUACAACAACCUAUGAAGACCUUUGGCACCCAGAACCCUCCAGUAUCCCUUAAGCAUCCCAUGAAGUUGCUCAGUACUCAGACCCCCCCCAUAUCCCACCAGCACCCCAAAGAACCCCUCAGUACCCAGACACCCCCAGGAUCCCUGAAGCACCUCACAGAUCCCCCCAGCACCCAGAUUCCCUCAGCACCUGUCCAGCAUCCAGUGGAGACUUUUGGCACUCAGACUCCCCGAGCAUUCCUCCAGCACCCCAUGAAGUUGUUCAGCACCCAGACCCCCCCAGCACCCACAGAGGCCCUCCGCACCCAUUCUGCAAGCCCUGUACUGCCUGGACCCCCAUGUACAGGUCCAGCCCAACCAGCACCACCGGUGCCAACGCUCUCUGCACUAUGGGACCGGGGGGGACACUGUGUGGCCCCUGUGCUGCGGGCACUGCUGUGGGAGGUGCGGGGACUGCGGGGGCAGCUGCGGGCCCUGGCCCGCAACCAGCGUCGGGGAGCUCAGCGUCUGGAGGCCAUCGCCCGCCGCCUGGGCAGGCUGACUGCCCUGGGGCAGCACAUCCUGGAGGAGCCCCCCCGGCUGUAUGGGGGUGUGGGCAUCCGGAGAGGGGUCUUGCACAGGAGGCAAGGGAAAUAAAGCUGGAAUGGUUCACCAA